ACAUUGCAGCCAGCAGAAAAUCUAUUUCCUUGACCUUGACAGUACAUGUCAAAACCAAGCGACCGCCAUCCAAAACCUGUUGGAGAUCACUCAGGGUCAUGACCUUGACUACCACACAUAUGUCAAGAACAAAUGCAAAGAAGAAUACGGGCCAUACCAGAUUUAAAAGAGGAGUAAUACAUCUUUACAAUAUGGUAGUAUGCGCUACGGGAUGUAAUCCUUUAGCUUACAAAGGAUAUGGUUGCUACUGCGGAUUCUUGGGAUCCGGUUAUGUCAUCGAUGGUAUCGACCAAUGCUGCAAGAUGCAUGACUGGUGUUAUGACGCUACGGAAUGUCCUAUGUUCUCAGAAUACUUUGUACCAUAUUACUGGAGAUGUUAUCAUGGUUAUAAACCUGUUUGUGCGGUUGAGCAUGGCAGUUGGGGCGGAUCAGGAUCUUGUGCUCAACGUUUAUGCGAAUGCGAUCGUUCGUUAGCCGAGUGUUUAAAGAGAUAUCCUUGCCCUACCACCAAAGCAGUUUGUACUUCGUCACCAUGGAGACUCGUACAGAAUCUUUUCAUGAUUAUAUAAAUGUAUUUUACAAUAAGAGUAACUUAUAAACAUAUUUUUUUUAAAUAGCACAGGUUACGUUUAGA